AUGUACCGCUGGCGCCUGCAGCAAUGGUUCGCCACGCUGCUUGUUCAGGGGUCGCUGGGGUCCCACACAUAUUUGUGUGACCGGAAGAAACAAAUUGCCAAUGGCAGCCUGUCAAUGGAGGAUGGCCUCAAAGGGGCCCACCUGCAGAUAGCCACAGGCAUGUGGAAUCCAACUUUCCUGCGUCAGAACGGUGGCAAGUUUGAAGGCCUUGAAAUCGAUCUUCUGGAUGAACUGGCCCGGCGGGCAGGCUUCACCUAUGAGUUGACCUUUCCAAACACCACUGCUGUAGAGUCCUGGACAGUCUGGCUGCAAGAGACUAUGGCCGUUGCCGACAUGGUGACCUAUAGCUACUGGACUAUAACACCGGAAAGGAUGAGUCUUGGAGCCUACAGCCCAUAUGGUUUCCUUGAUGCAGGUUUAGUGAUGAUAACUAUUCCACCAGAAGUGAAGAACUUUGCACUGAACGAGGUGUUUUCCUUCCUUGCCCCCUUCAGCCCUGCAGUUUGGAUUAGUUUCAUCGGUUUGACCAUUCUGACAGGCCUCGCGUUCCAAUGUUUGGAAGCUUCCAAGAACACUGACGACUACCCAGAUGGGCCCUCACGUUUGUGGAAUGGCCCCAUCUCGAUCGUCAAGUCCGUCGGGCACGUCACUGGUGCAGCUGGGUUUAGACCGAAGACUUGGGCAGGGAAGAUUUUAGUGACGUCCUGGACGUGGUCAGUGCUGUUGAUCCUUUCAGCCUACGCGGCCAACUUGGCUUCAUUCCUGGUGAUCAAAGCAGAACAAUCGGCUGGCUUUGCAAGCGCCAAACAAGCGGUUUUGCUUGGGAAGACUUUCGUGCUGAACCCGAUUGGGGCAGACGGGGCUGCUCUGGUGUAUGGCCAGAUGAACGAGCCACCUGGCGCUCGUGCUCGUGUGGCCCUGACGGGCUUGACGGUGGCGGAAUACUUCCGUGACGAAGAGGGACAGGAUGUGCUGCUUUUCGUGGACAACAUUUUCCGCUUCACCCAAGCCGGUUCAGAGGUGUCGGCCUUGCUGGGCCGCAUUCCCAGUGCCGUGGGCUACCAGCCGACUCUGGCGACAGAUUUGGCGUCCCUGCAGGAGCGCAUUACCACCACCCAGAAGGGGUCCAUCACCUCGGUGCAGGCGGUCUACGUGCCCGCUGAUGACUUGACCGAUCCAGCACCUGCCACCACGUUCGCACACUUAGAUGCAACGACGGUCUUGUCCCGUCAGAUUGCCGAGCUGGGCAUCUACCCUGCUGUGGAUCCUCUGGAUUCAACGUCGCGAAUGCUUGACCCAUCAAUUGUGGGACAGCGUCAUUAUGACAUUGCCCGAAGCACGCAGAAGAUUCUGCAGGAUUACAAGUCUUUGCAGGACAUUAUCGCCAUUCUGGGUAUGGACGAGCUGUCUGAGGAGGACAAGCUGACAGUGGCGCGUGCCCGCAAGGUGCAGCGUUUCUUGUCGCAGCCUUUCUUCGUCGCGGAGAUUUUCACCGGCACUCCUGGUGCCUUUGUGGAUUUGGAAACCACCAUCAAUGACUUCGAGGAGGUCUUGUCCGGCAACUGCGACGAUAUCCCCGAG